AUGGCGAUCCCUCAGCGUCCACUCUUGAAACCAGCCUUGUAUGUGCUCAGCCUCUUGGGUACUUACCACACUUGGGGCCGCACUAUUGUGGACGGCACAUUAGUCCACCUUUUGCAGGCCCUCCAUGGGGGCAAAGAAUACAUUCUGCCUGGCACGGAUUCUCCACUACGCACGUCUAUUACCGGUAUCUACUGGCCAGUUGACUACCUCCUGGAUAUUCUGAUUGUCUUCUUCUGGGAGGCAGUGGAUGGGUCUCACCCUUCAACCUCAGCCAUUGGCAUCUAUUUUCUCUCCCAGUACUUCAGUAUCCUUACCGGCAUCUAUGUCGAUGGUUUGCGGCUUGGCCAAUCUCGGGCAAUAACCCCGGUGCGAACCAUGUUAUGGCUAUUACUCUUCCAGAUGAUGGCAAUAGCAUGUACCGGUUCUUUCUGGGCUCUCUGGUAUAUCGCUGCUAGUCCAUUGAUUGCGGAGAAUGUUUCAUUGCCAGAGUUGCAGCGAAGGUCGGUGGCCGCGUCCUGGCCACUGCUGCUCGUCUUGCCCAGCCUUGUGGUAGGCUAUGUUCUCCCAGCCGUCGCCAUGGCCCUACCAUCCCCGAAAAUAGUCUCCAAUGACUUUCAGCAGCUGGCACUGGUGACUUGGAAUGUAUUUCCGCUUGGUGUAUUUCUGGUCCACAAGGCCCUUUGGGCGAUCUUCCCCUCAUCCGGGGAUACUAGUAUAUCGGCUAGCGCGCAUCUCAAGGCAAUUCGUAUCCUCAAUGCGAUAUCCAUGCUAGUCAGUUUCACUGUCCAUGUGGCACUGUCUAGCAUGAGUCUGACCACUUUACUCUUCCCGAGCCUAUGGGAGCCAGGAUUCAUCUCGGAGUUCCUCCCAGCCACCCUGGUAAUCCCUCCCGUUUCGUUUACGCAGGGAACCACGGUGGGUCACGGGGUGCGCAGUUUUUUCCUCUGGGACCAGAUUUUUGGGUACAUGGUGGCGAUUCUAGUUGCUUGGCUGCAGCUACGUACUGUUAUAGUUGCCCGGGGGAAUAAGCUGGGGUGGAUGAAGUUGGUGGUCGGGAUUGUUGGGGGUACGGUAAUUGCUGGACCGGGUAGUGUCUGCCUGGCUAUCAAUUGGAUUCGAGACGAAAUUCUGCUAAAUCCAGAAGAUAGUCAGAGAGCAGACCAGAAGAGGGCGUAG